GAUAUGCAAUUAUCUGAUGAAAAGUCUUCAAGACUAGGUGGUUCAGUGUUCAAUUUUAAUGAGAUUUAUGAAUGUUUGAAAGAAUUUAAACAAAAUUUUACUAAAAACAGACAUACACAAAACAAGGCAAAAUCAGUAUCUAUCCUUGAAAACCCUUCAAACUCUCCCAGUGAUUCAUCAGAAAUCUCUCAAGACCUUCUUAAUUUCGGAAACCAAAGCCCCACUAGCGCUUAUUCGUCAUCAAAUCACCAGGAAACUAGCUUUGCCCCUGAAUUCAUUAAAUAUUUUACUACACCAAAAAGGCGUCAUAGGUGGCAAAUGGACCUAAAUUUAUUAACUCAACAAGAAGAUGAAAAAGUCGAUCUUUAUAUAUACAAAUUUAAAAGAUUACAAAAAAGAGUCAACCCAAAAAAUAAAUUACCACCAACCUAUGUGGUCAGAAUGUUUAUUGGCGGUCUAAAGAGUAAAAUUGCGGCCUUCAUGUCUAUUGCCGAACCAAAAACCCUUGAUGAUGCUAUUAAGAAUGCUAGAAAAAUAGAGGCUGGUAAAAACUAUAAAAAAAGAAAAGAAAAAGACCCUACUAACCAACUCAUCGAAGUAUUGACACAUAAAAUGCAUCAAAUAGUAACAAAUUAUAAAAAAUUAACCACUACAUUGGAAGCCAGGGUUGAA